AUGGCGCUCUUGGGGUUGUCGCUGGUUUUAGCUUCCGUGAUCUACGCCGCUAUCUGGAGGCCGCCUUUCAUCCAAUCCCUCUUGUCGAUAUGGCGCGGCGACCCUCAAGUCCAGCAACCGCCAACAACGCGCCGUCCUGCCUCAGCGGAUAUCACUAUAGAACAUGACGAAGAGGAAGAUCAGUCGACCGCUACGACAACCGGUCGCGAUACCUCAUUAACCGCGACGAGCCAAAGACCUGCCACGAUUGCUGCUGCUGCUGCUGCUGCUGAUACGGUAGCUUUGCCGCGUCCUUCGAAGCUUGUAAAAGAACAACCGACUGAAGUCUCGACGAAUUCGCAACCCCACCCUUCGCCCUCGCCGCAAACGACUCCUAAAGCGGCAGCGUCGCUCCAGCUCAGCGGCGGCAGCAUACCCUCGUUCUCGCUCUCUCCCGAGCCUCCUGCCUCAGCAGCAGCCAUUGCCCGCGCCGUUGAAGCCAACACGUCGCCAUCCGCCCUUCCAACAUUCUCCGCGCCCUCGCCCCCCCCCGGACCCAUGACACCAUCAUCUACCGCGCCAUCAAAGACCUCCAUGGCACCCCCUCCUCGCCCGCCGACUCUGAACAACGUUAAUGGCGGCCCUUCGCGCCUCGGCGUACCUCCCCGCGGGCCUGUUCCGAACCGCCACCAAUACGACCGACAACCUGGCACGUCGACUCUCGCCCCUCCUCCCACGCACUCAUCCAAGCCGGCAAAGCCAUCGCGCAAAGUAACCCUCGAGCCGGGCCGGAGUCCGCUUGACUGGGCGCGCCUAUCUAAUAAUCCGUCUGCCGACCUGCGUAACCUGGGCCCGGGGGCGCCGUACCUACGCGUGACGCCGAGCAUGCUGCGGCAGCAGACAGGGCGCAAGGGAAAGGACGCAUGGACGGCGCUGGGUGGUCGCGUGUAUAAUAUCACUCCCUAUUUACCGUUUCACCCGGGCGGCGAGCCCGAGUUAUUACGGGCUGCGGGGCGCGACGGGUCAAAGUUAUUUGGCGAGAUCCAUCCUUGGGUUAAUUACGAGACGAUGCUAUCGAGUUGUCUGAUCGGGUUGCUGGUCGAGGAGCACGAAGCGAAGAGUGCUGGGGAGAUGGAUGCUAUGGACUAG